AUGCCUUUCACACCAAGAGGAGGCGACAGAGGUGGACGUGGUGGUGGAUUUGGAGGACGCGGAGGCCGCGGAGGUGGUGAUCGUGGAGGUCGCGGCGGAGGCAGAGGCGGCUUCGGCGAUCGUGGUGGACGUGGCGGAGGUCGCGGAGCUCCUCGUGGCCGCGGUGGUGACCGUGGCGGACGUGGAGGCCGUGGAGGACGCGGCGGUGCCGCUGGCGCAAAGGGUGGCGCAAAGGUCAUCGUCGAGCCCCACAGACAUGCCGGUGUCUUCGUCGCCCGCGGCAAGGAGGAUCUUCUGGUCACCAAGAACUUGACACCCGGCGAGGCCGUCUAUGGCGAGAAGCGCAUUUCCAUCGAUACCCCAUCUGCCGUCUCUGGUGCCGCAACUGGUGCCAACAGCGAUGCACCUGCUGCCACAAAGACCGAGUACCGUGUAUGGAACCCUUUCCGUUCCAAGUUGGCAGCUGGUAUUCUUGGUGGCAUGGACGAUAUUCACAUGAAGCCCGGAAGCAAAGUCUUGUACCUUGGAGCUGCCUCUGGAACGUCCGUAUCCCACGUUGCUGAUAUCGUUGGCCCAACUGGAACCGUCUUCGCCGUCGAAUUCUCCCACCGCUCUGGUCGCGAUCUCAUCAACAUGGCUACUCACCGCACGAACGUUAUCCCAAUCAUCGAGGACGCCCGUCACCCGCUCAAGUACCGUAUGCUCGUCAGCAUGGUCGACUGCAUCUUCGCCGAUGUUGCUCAGCCCGAUCAGGCCCGUAUCGUUGGAUUGAACGCACAUCAGUUCCUCAAGGUCGGAGGUGGUGUCGUCGUUUCCAUCAAGGCAAACUGUAUCGACAGUACAGCAGCACCAGAGGCCGUUUUCGCACGCGAGGUCGUCAAGCUCAGAGAGGAGCGCAUCAAGCCCAAGGAGCAGCUUACUCUCGAGCCUUUCGAGAGAGACCACGCCAUGGUUGUGGGUGUCUACCAACGAUCGGGUUGA